CUUGAUCAGUCAGUCAAAAAAGUGAUCAAUAAAUAUUUCAGUUAAAAUAAAGAGAUUAAAAACAUUUUCCAAGAUGGAAGUCAGACUUUGGAAACUUCUUGUAUUUGUGAUAUGUAUUUGUAUUGUUCAAGAAUGUAUAUUCGCUGAGCAGUUAACCUCAAAAAGAAGUAAAGUACCAACUAACAAGAAAGUAAGGAAAUCAAGAAAACGCUUAAACGAACGACCGCAAGCGGAGGAAGCUAGACCACAAGCUGAUAUACCGGCGCUAGAGGAGUUUGAAACCUAUGAUUAUGCAAAUUACGAUGAAGUAGAUGAGGAUGCCGUUGCCAUAGGAGAAGUAAAUAAAUUUGAGACUCAUCAAGAGGUGGCUGCAUCAGCAACACCAAGAUCACGUUCACCACAAAAUUCGCCUGUUACUUUCUCCUGUAAUUUCGAAGGUAAUUGGUAUCGGGAAUAUGAAGAGUUUACGAGUGAACAAAAUGGCUGCACUAGUACUUGCACUUGCUUAAAUGGCAAAGUAAACUGUAAAACUUCCAGUGAUUGUAUUACUUUAAACUCUGAUGACAAGCAACCACUUAAUGAACGUAUAACUACGUUACGCACACCCACAAUACAGCGCACAACUGCUACUCCUACAGUGUCAUAUAAUGUUGGUACUGGUCCACGAGGUUUACCAGGUUAUCCAGGCGCGCAGGGUCAAUCAGGUGAUGCUGGACUACCCGGCAUACCCGGCAAUCCUGGUGCACCUGGAAAUCCAGGUCCACCCGGUCCGAUACCUGAUAUGAGCUUUUAUCAUCAGCAAUUAGCAGCAGAAUAUGCCAACACAGAUAAAGGCCCUGGUGCACCGCCAUUUGUUCCCGAACAAUUACAAUAUGUUCAAUCAUCCGUUGGUCAAACUGGUCCACGUGGUCCACCUGGUAAUGUGGGUCCUCCGGGGCCACAAGGUUUUCAAGGUGUACGUGGUGAAGCAGGUGAGCCAGGUCAGCAAGGUCCACCUGGGCUAAUAGGACCACGAGGUAUGCCUGGUACUCCUGGUAAAGAUGGGUCACCAGGUGAAGAUGGUGAGCCUGGAAUUGCUGGUGCUGCUGGCAUACCUGGACCAAGGGGCUUACCUGGCAUGACAGGAGUUCCAGGAUUAAAAGGACAUCGUGGUUUGCCCGGAUUAGAUGGCGGAAAAGGAGAAAGUGGCGCACCUGGUGAGAAGGGAGCAACAGGCGGUGUGGGUCCAAUCGGAGCACCUGGAUCUAUUGGACCUGCCGGUACGCGAGGUGAACGUGGUAGGGAAGGACCACCUGGCCCUCCCGGUGCUAGAGGCUUGGAUGGAAAUGCGGGAACACCUGGACAAACUGGUUCUGUUGGUAAGCCAGGCCCACCCGGCUUUCCUGGAGUACAUGGUGCUAAAGGUGAUAUGGGUCAUCAAGGACCAAAAGGCGACCAAGGAUUGCAAGGACCACGAGGUGAAGCUGGAAGACCUGGAGAUGUUGGCGAACCCGGAGUAGCUGGACCACCAGGUAAAGAUGGAUUUCCUGGAGAAAAAGGUUCAAUGGGUGCACCUGGCUUGGUCGGGCCACAAGGAUUUCCAGGCGCAAGAGGCUCUGAUGGCAUGCAAGGUAGUACAGGGGAACCCGGUAUAAAAGGAGCACCCGGUCAACCUGGUGAAAGAGGAUACAAAGGAGAUGCGGGCAUCAAAGGAGACGCUGGUCAGCCAGGUCCACGAGGAGUUCCUGGCGCAAAUGGUCCAGAAGGCAAACGUGGUAAACGAGGUAUGAGAGGACCGACGGGCCCAUCUGGCCCAACUGGGGAAAGAGGAACACCAGGUCUGCCGGGUAUACCUGGUCCCGAUGGUCCAAUUGGCCCAAAAGGAAUACAAGGAGAUCGUGGAAUUCAAGGUCCGACUGGUAUUAAGGGAAGCUCAGGUGAUGUUGGCCCAACCGGAACUCCGGGACUUCAAGGUUUACGUGGUUUGCCAGGAAGAGCUGGAAUUCAAGGAAACGCUGGACCACCUGGUGAGCGUGGUGUACCUGGUGCCGACGGUAAGCCAGGUGAACAAGGACUGCAAGGUCUGCAAGGCAUUCCAGGCCCAAUGGGUAUUCCAGGAGACAAGGGCUUUACUGGAGAACCGGGUAAAAAUGGUGAACCAGGAGUUGCAGGUCCUCCCGGGCCACGUGGGGAUAACGGAAAAGAUGGACUUCCUGGUGCACAAGGAGCUCCCGGACCACAAGGACCUGAUGGUAUAAGAGGAGAGCCUGGAUCUGUUGGGCCAAGAGGAUAUCAAGGAUUACCUGGUGCUCCAGGUAGCCCAGGAGUUUCAGGAAAGGAUGGUCAACCUGGACCACCUGGUCCAAUGGGACCAAUGGGGUCAGCAGGGCUUAGAGGUGAACGCGGAUUUCCAGGAGAACGAGGACCAGUGGGACAGCCUGGAACCCCGGGUGAAAGAGGAGAACCUGGCGUAGCGGGCCCAGAUGGAGCUCCGGGAUUCCCAGGCAAGCCUGGUGCUAAAGGUCAUAUGGGCUCCCCAGGAAUGAUUGGAUUGCCAGGUCUUAAAGGACAUGCAGGUCCAGCUGGAGAAAAAGGUGAACGUGGAAGUCCAGGACCGUUUGGACCAGAAGGUCCAGCUGGCAGACCAGGUGAUCGUGGACCUCAAGGUAACGUUGGUCCACCUGGUGCUCCUGGUGAAUCAGGUGAAAGAGGAACACCAGGAAAUCCCGGACCACCAGGUGAGCAAGGAACCAGCGGAUUGCCAGGUGAAAGAGGACCUAUUGGACCUCAGGGCUCACCGGGCUUUCCUGGAUCACCCGGAGUAGCAGGAUUACCAGGCGCAAAAGGUGACAGAGGCUUAAUGGGAAUAAAAGGUGAACAAGGAAACACCGGUUUACAUGGAACACCUGGAGAACAAGGAUUGCCGGGUCCUAUUGGUUUGGUUGGACCUAAAGGAGCCAGAGGUGAAAUCGGCUUAAGAGGUGAACCUGGCAUAAGUGGACUUCCAGGUAGACCAGGAGAACCAGGAGUUGCAGGGCAACCAGGAAAUCAAGGACCACCUGGAAUAAUGGGUCUUACUGGACAUAAGGGUAAUCCUGGCGAAGCAGGAAGACCUGGAUUACAUGGCCCACAGGGCUUACAAGGACCGCAAGGGUUGGAAGGGCCGAAAGGAGAGGCUGGAAGUGAAGGUCCGGUGGGACCCCAUGGCAGUUCAGGACCACCAGGUCAACCUGGAGAGCGAGGUAUACCUGGAUUACCAGGUCCCCCAGGAGCAAUAGGAAUGCAAGGCUUAAGAGGUAGUGUUGGUGAGCCAGGUCAGCAGGGCAAAACAGGCAAAGAUGGUGAAGCGGGUCCUCCAGGUUUACAAGGCCCCUUAGGACCACCAGGUCAACCAGGAGAACAAGGGCCAGAAGGUCCAUCAGGUAAACAAGGUCCUCCAGGAAUACAAGGCCGAAUCGGUGAUAAGGGUCCACCAGGACAAAUAGGUAAUUCUGGUCCCCCUGGAAAUCCAGGUUUACCAGGUCCACCAGGCCCGAUGGGACCAAUGGGUUUAAUUGGCGAGCGUGGUGUGAAAGGGGAAAUUGGCCCAAGCGGUAUUGAAGGACCGAUUGGUCCAAGAGGUAAAGUGGGUCCUCCUGGACCAGAAGGAGUGAAGGGUGAUGUAGGAGAACUUGGCCCUAAAGGCAUAAAGGGUCAUCGUGGAUUUACUGGAUUGCAAGGCUUACAAGGAAAUCCCGGUAUAAAAGGUGAUAAUGGUUUGCCUGGUGUACCUGGUGCUCCAGGAAAACCAGGUGAAAUCGGUAUGCGCGGACCACAAGGAAGAGACGGCAGUUCAGGACUGCAAGGUGCACCUGGAGCACCAGGACCUCGCGGACUUUCUGGAACUGAUGGAAAAACAGGUCAAAUGGGUCCAGCUGGUCCACCUGGUCCACCAGGUCCACCUGGUGAAGCUCUCGGGUAUGAUGCCGCUGCUAUUGCUGCGCUUCUUAGUCAAGGACAAACAAAGGGUGUAGAUACUAUGGGUGAUCAACCUAUGGAUAUUUUCACAGAUGAUCUUACAAAUGAAGAGAAACAUGCAUUAGUAAUGAAAGCUUUUCAACAUGUUCAAGCAUCAUUCGAAAGAUUGCGUAGACCAAAUGGGCAGAAAACAGCACCGGCGAAGACAUGUCGAGACUUAUUUGCAGCUUAUCCUGAAUAUGCUACAGGGGAGUAUUGGAUAGAUCCAAAUGAGGGUGAUAUACGUGAUGCCAUUCUUGUACAAUGUGAUAGGACAACAAGAGGCACUUGUAUUAUUCCACAGCCGAAAGAAACUGCAGCUAUAAGUUAUGCAGGCAGAGAAAAAGAAGCAUGGCUCAGUGAAAUGCCUACGGGAAUGAAAAUAACAUAUAAAACUGACUCAAUGCAAUUAGGUUUCUUACAACUUUUGUCUGCCAAAGCUACGCAAACGAUCAUUUUCCACUGCAAGAAUACAAUUGCCUUCAAGGAUGACAGUGAUAAUUCGUAUAGCCGAGGUCUGAAGUUGCUUUCUUGGAAUGAUGCCGAACUCACUCCGAAUGGGCCACAACGAUUGCGCUAUGAAACUGAAUCAGAUGAAUGCAGGCACCGUUUAAAUAAAUGGGCAAAGACUGUUAUUACAUACAAAACAGAAAAGUCACAGAGGCUGCCAAUCGUUGAUAUUGCGGUAAGAGAUUUAGGAGAUGCAAAUCAACAGUUCCGCAUUGAGCUUGGUCCAGUGUGUUUUCACAACUGAUGUCCCGUUACUUACUGUCUUAGAAUUUAAUUAGUUCGUGACACAAUGAAUAAAUGUAGAAUGUAUAAAAUUUAUAAAAUAUUUACAUAAUGAUUUUAAAUAGA